AUGGCGGAAAAUCUUCUAGACAACUACAAUCCGCUCUAUGAUAUCCAUCUGCGGCAAUACUUCGCCCUGCCGCACAUGCAAAAACAUCUGCAAAAAAUGGGAUUGGUGAGCUCGAGUCGAUUUAUUUUGAGAGUUUUUAGUCGGGGAGCAACAAGUACGGAAAGGGCAGUUGAAAGACUUCACAUAAUCCCCUAGAAUUACGGCACAACUAUUUAUUUUAUCGCAGUCGACUUUUAGCCGAACGUCAUUGAACGCGAAUCGUUAAGCUUCUGCUAGAAAGCUUCGAAAUUCGGGCGACACUUUAGAAAAGGAACACAAUGAACAUUCAUGGCUCCGUUUCUUUUUCUCAGCUCCCGUGGGAGUUUGUCAUCAUAAUUGAACGACGGGAGAGGCUUUUUUGCCGCCGCAGGGGCUGUCCUUGAAAAUGACAUUUUGCCGAAAGAAGAGAACGGCUCGAGAAGCUUGCGGAGCGCAUGAAUAAUAUAGCAAGGGUGUCGCGAUUUCAGUUACUUCAGGUUACUGUAACAAGUAAUCUUGGGGAUUUUGUUAAGGGCCUUAUCCACAAAAGUCUCAUUGGAAGGGAAAACUUUGAGACUGCGGAUAGAACAAUAAUUUGACAAAUAUCAAAAAAUUAUCCUCACUUUCCAACAAUUCAAAAUUUAGUUUGAAAACCUGCCUGACUAUGAUUUUUUGUCGACCGAGGGGCGCGGGAAAUUUUACUUUGCGGUUGAGAAGUUCUUGAAAGUGGGCCAGAUUGCUUCUUAAUGUACCAAUUGAAGAGCCUUAAAUUCUCGUUUUGUAAAACUUCGCAAUUUUUUGGAAAUAAGGGCUUAAAGCACAAAAAAAACCUUUUUUUUAUGAGUUUUGAGAGUUUUCUCUGUCUUUUAGGCGUAUUUUCCCAGAACCGCUGAGAAAAUUGACCUCCUUGUAAGAUUAUUGAAAAAAUUCAAGUUUUUAUAGUAAAACCACAAAAAAUCAAUUAUUUUCAUGAAAAUGAGUUUUGGCUUGCAAAUUUUCUUUCAAGCAUUGCUAAAAAAACACUUUUUAUCAUAUAAAUAACUACAGUCAAAUUGGAAAUAGGAGAGCGUUUCAAUAUCUCCCCAAAGAAGAUUGCCUGUUCAUUUUAUCAAAUUAAAUCCAAAACAGCUUCAUGUAGGCUUUCGGCACGCCUAUUGGCGGCAAAUGACAGACCCAAACAGGGAAGACCUGGCGAAAACGCCCAGAAGAGGACGGAUUAUUUAUUGGUGCAACACCUGCGUCAAUUAACUGUUUGUGCACUGUUGUGUGGGUUCCGUUCAUUUACCGCGACCACCAUUUGUACUGUGAAGAGUGGCCUUGUAAAUCAAAGAGCCUUCAGCGAGAUAAUCGCGGGCCGGAUUUGGCAAACACAUUGGACAGUUAUACCAGCCGUUGGUCUGUUAAUUGUUUGAUUUGGUCGAGCAACAGUCGUGGGGUUCCGAGCAGGUCAAAAAAUUCAAAAAAUUCAUUGAAAAGAGGGGAGAAAACUUGCUGUAAAGCUUUUCUGGAUUUUUAUUCAAAUCAAUUUCAAAGCAUUCAUUUUGUUGGUUUAGUCAUAGAUUUAUCGACUAGGCGGUGAACAAGAACUUUGAAAGCUAUAACGAACAACCGCCUUUGGCGAGCUAGAAGUCCAAACGUGUAGUUGAAAGAGUUAAAGGAAUGGUCUUACGGUCCUUCGCCACGUCCUUCUGCGCGUAGUCCAUCCAGUUGCGCCUUGACGAGCUCAAAAUGUAGUGGAUGGUGUAGCUGGAGCCCGGAGACCCUGCUCUAGGUGGAAGCCUCAGAAUGAGAGUGACCACUUCGAGUGAAGAUUUUACACGGAAUUUCAUCUGAAAGUUUGCGGUAAAUUCCAAGCUCAAAAUAUUCUGAAACUCGGUCGAAAUAUACAUGAAUCUACUCUGAAGCAAAAUAAACAAAACAUUUGUUUUCGAUUAGUUAUGAAAAACCAGUUUGAAUUUCAUUAUUUUUUAAAAAAAAAGUUGCUUUUUUUGAAAACCAGUUAGGAUAAAAAAACCAAAUAAAAAUAUCAAACCUUGAAUUUACUAAAUCAGUUCUAUAUUGAUUAUAAUCCAAAUUUUUUUCAACUUUACACUGCUUUUUUCUGAGUUUUUAUCUGCUACUAGUUUGUUAGUUAUCCAGGUUUCAAUUCCAAAAAACUGAGCUAAUCUCAUAUUUCAAUUUUCGGCGCGAAAACCUGCGUAUGAUCACAAAAAAAAAACGGAAAUUAUAAUCUUGCGAACCAGCAAUUGAAGCUUUUUUGAAAUAUGUACUUUCGCAUCGGGAGUCUGUAAUCAAAAAUUCAAUUGGCUUCCGCCUCGUCAUUAAUCUACUCUUGCCUCGGAACCAACCUUUUUCUCAGGAACAAAAGAGCGUUGAAAGCAAUGUGGUGGGAACUGAAUAUUUAGUUUCACUGCAUGAAAAUGGAAGAAAAAAAAAGAAAGGUUCAUCAGAAUUUUUCCAGCUGGAAUCUUCGCUGAACUUGAAUGGGGAUGAAGUGUAUGCUCGACACCACGCAAUGAUGGAUAUGAUGCUGAAAAAUAGGUUUCCGAGACGAAAAAAAGGCAAAGUUGGUUUGAAUAUAUUCAGAGAAGCUCAACUGAUGAAAAUGGCUGAACUGCGAAAGAAGCUGGAUGCGGCGGAAAAAGUGGAGAUCUGUCGUCGAAUCCGCAGUGGGCAAAGUCCGGAAUCAUAUCGACGUGGGAAACCGAGCAGAAGCCUUAGCCGAGGUCGGCGAUUCGUCCUAUUUUGAACUCUGAAAAUCAUGUUUAGGACGUGGGGCGCAGAAAGGAGGGAGACAACGUCGUUUUUCGAACAGUUUCGAGGACAAAGACUUCGUUGUUAAGAUCGAGAAGGUAGGUUGUUAGCUGAAAAAUUGGUAUUUGACUGUGGAUGGAUCCUAAACUUUUUUUUUGGUAGAUCCUGUUGAAAUGUUGAACGGUUCUACAUGUUAAAUUCUUACCUGAAUCCAGCAAAGUUCGCUCUAGAAAUGUCUUACCAAUCUUCAAAUUAGCUGGGAGCUUUUUCCAUUCGUUUUUGUAUGAGCUAUUUCAAUGCGGUCAAAAAGGAAAAUAUGGCUUUUCUGGACCAAAUUUAUGAAAAUUUGAGACAAAAAAAAACAUAGAACGAGAACUGUGAUGAAAUUUUUUUUAACCUAGGAUUUACAGGACAACGCGGAGCCAGUUGAUUACAACACAAAAGAUCCAUACAGUCGAUUGUCUGCCAAUGCAAAACGUUUCAAUUAUCUUCAUAAGGUACAACUGAAUCAAAAUUCAGCUUUUUCACAUAUUCUUACACUUGCAGCUUGAUGACCCAACCUUGAUUGCAUACAAAGACAACCUGAAGAAGCAGCUCCAGAGGCUGGAGCGUUUCCGCGAAAUUUCGUUCGGACCGCAUUCUGUAGCUCGGCAGCCAGCCCCGUCUCACACUUCUUGGUUUUUCAGACGCAGGUACAUUGAAAACAUACUCCUCAUCUUUCACCGACUUUCUUUGGUGUGAUCCUACCGAAAAACUCGCUCAACACACCCUGUUUUCUUUAGACGAUUAGAAUACUGCAUUCGAGUGAAUAUUGUCGUUCUCUCACAGAGAUGGUUGGUAUGAAUGCUCGAGGCAUGCCUCUACCAUAGAUAUCAUUUUGAUUUAUCGAGUCAAAGACGUUUUUUUAGAAGUCUCAAGAAAAAAAGGCGAGAACUUUUUCUCAAUUUUGACGCGACUUCCUUGCUCAGAAAAAUUUAAUGAAUAUUUUAUAAGAAAAGAACCUACGAGAAAAAAAUUUUUCUUCCUUUGAAAAAAAUAGGAAGAUGAAGGAAUCAGCUUUGUAAAGGAAGAUAUCAAAAUGAAAUCAUACUGUAAAAGGAAAAAUCCUGUUUUCAAUCAAGUGAGAAUAAUUUUUUUUUUCUUUUAGAUUUUUCGUUUUCGUGGUCGCAAUCGAAGCGUACAAAUUUUUUUUCAUUUUUUUUUUCAUUAUUAGUGGAUUUCUGACUGGACGAAAAGUAAUAAAAUCGAAUUUCUCACGUUCGUGGAACCGUUCAGAGGAAAAAGUGCAAUGAAAAAGUUGUACUUAUAAAUUGAGUUUCUCGGGAGACACGUGUGAAUUUUGUCACCUGUCUAAGGACAAAAAAGGAAAUUGCUGUUUACUGAAGUAUUUGUAAUCAGAUAAAGAGUGAUAUAGCUUGGGAACAACUGAAAGUAACUGAUUGUUGUUGAUAAUCGUACCAUCGGGGCACCGCUGAACAUUCAGGUCUCUUCCUAGCCUGACCGCUUCUGCGCCUGGACACACUCUCAGGGACCCGCUAAGGUACUAACUGCACGAUUUUGUGGGUAUGACGGUUGGAAACUUUCUUGGUCUUCAGUUUUCGUUUUUGACUAGAGAUAAAGUAGUGGAAAUGAAAUCACGGCAUUGAUAGGAGCUGAAUAUCCUCUUUUUCAAAAAAGGUCGUCUGAAAAUCAAAAAAAAAACUGUUGAGCAUUAGUAAGAAAAAAUAUUUUUAUGACUCCGAGCUGUUCUUUCUGAGAAACGAAGGUUUUACUGGACAGAAAUAUGGUUUUUUUGAGCUGACUUUCUGGAAGUUUUGAAUUUGUAAAGGUGCUCUGUCGAUAACAAGUUCUUUUGACCAAGAAAUCAGUCACGUCGUCAUAUCCACACAAUGUGUCCGUGUUGUCUCACCGGUCGGACUCCUUGCGGUCCCCCGAUGGACGACUGACUUCUGACAGGCGUUCCGGAGAAUCAGGGCUGCGCUGAACUGUGUUUCAUGGACUGGACACUUUUUGAUUGGAAAUUUAAAAGCAGAAGUUAAAAUUUAAAAAAAGUUUCUCUGCAUGAAUGAUGCAAGCUUCGAAGAAUUCGAUUGAAUUGGGCAGGAAGUGGCGCAGCAUAUUAUUGAAUAAGACAGAUACUUUGAAUUAUCGGAAAAAAAGUGAGAUUUCCAUAAACUUCUUCCGGUACUUUUUGCCUCUGCUUAACUUGAAAAAUAAGUUCUUUGAUGUAUAUUUCUUGAAUAUUAAUCAACCCGUGUAAUUUCACUUGAAAGAUGGAAACUGCUUCAUCCCUGUAGUGAGCGACUUAACGUAGAAAAAGAGACUUUACUCAAAAAAAUAAAAAAAUAAAAAAAUCUUAGAAGUAAGUUAAUAACUUCCCAAAAAAACUUUCGCGCAGCUCCUGCCCUGUAGCACUCCACCCUAAUCGUGUAAUCGUGCUCCUCUACCUCUAUCCAGUGUUGUGCUUCCUCUUCAAUCUCAUCAAAGCCCAUUUUAUUUGAUGCUUCGCUUCAUUUUCAAAUGCGCGCUAUCAAGGCGUUCUUUCAGUGCAUCUGUCUAAAACUAUUCUUUAAACAAAAAUGUAGAUUUUUUCCCGUAAACAGCUUGCCUUUGAAAAAUUACUUCUUAAAUUUUCUGUUUGCCGCAACGCUUAUUAUUUUUUGAAGUGAGAAAAACUAGAGAUUUUGUGGUGCUAGUGAUUUCAGUGCAACAGAAACGGCUAUUAUCGAUGAUGAGCGCUUCUCUUGAUUUCAUAGCUCUUUGUGCAUAUUACCAGCCAUUUUCUUCUCGAAAAGAAAAUAAUUUUCAGGAGCAUUCUGAACAUGCGUGGCCGCAAGACGUCGCCCCACACCGGCGCCAAACUCAACGCAAGCCACGACAGCCGAACCAGCUGUCCUCCAACCACUCGCAAACGCCGAGGUAUUCCGAAAUCAUUUCGAUUCUUAUCUAAAAUCAUCAUCAUCAUCAUCAUUUGUUCAAUACGAAUAAUAAUACAGUUCAAGAGCCGAAAAAUCCAACCGAUAGAACCCCUUUUUUCAGAAUCCAACCCUCGCCUUCCUCCCAUUUCUGGCAACAAAGCGAAAACUCCUGCAAAAACGCCUAAUAGCAACAACGCAGCCAUGCGCUUACCACCUGCUUAUAAAAAGUAAAAUAGAAAAUGUAGAUUCCUAAAAAAAAAAAAUGUGUUAACAGGCCUUCACCAAGCCGCGGCCGACCUGUGACCAAAAGAACAACUGCUUCGACAACCGCCAACUCUGAAAUCAAGAGUCCUUUGCCUUCUGUAACAGGUUCGAAAACUUGCGCUUAAAAGCAAAGUAAGAAUUUUUUUCCAGGAACAGCAAUCGUUGCUGGAGCAGCGGCUGCGGCAGCCGCAGCGACCGCCGUAGCAGCUUCUGUUUUAACUGAUGACGCAGAAAAACCCUCGUCUCCGCAACCAAGCUCUCCUCCAGCUAAGAUCGCUUCCCCAGUGGCGUCUCCAACACCCGCUGAAGAUGAAAUUCCAUCCUUGGAGAACGAACAAGAAGAAACCGCUCAUGAACCUCAAGAAGCUUACGAGCAAGACUACAAAGAACCAUCUCCGCGGGAGUCCCCAACUGAUGAAUAUCGGCACGACGUUCCUUCGGAACCUCUUAGUCCGGAGCCUACCUUGGACAAUCGAAAGGCAACACCGGCUGCAAGUCCAGUCGCGCUUUCAGAAGCUUCUGAUCUUGAAACUGACAUGCAAACUAACGUGGAGAUCAGUUCCGAGUACCACCAUCAUGAAGAACAACGUUCGCCAGUCUCAGAUGUUGGAUCUGAGCGUUCCCAACACGCACAAGCUGUCGACUAUCACGCUGACGAUGAACAGCACGUCCGACCUCCUAGUCAUCAUUCCGAAGAUUUCGAAAAACGUUCAACGAUUAGCGACUUCCAUAAACCACCUGCGGAAGCCAAGAGGCACGAAGACGAUGAAAUAAUGGAGCGCACAAUUGUAUCGUCUAACUUGGGUCAAGCGCCUGCUCACUCAGACUCCGACGACUCGGAGCCCGAGUAUGCCGAAGAAGACAAAGAAGUAACGAAUGAAGAUCAAGGAAUUUCUUCUAAGGAUGUAGUUGCUUCUGAAGAUGAGCUUCACAUAUCAAACACUGCUUCUCACAACGAUGAAGUCUCUCAGAAGUCCCCAUCAUCUGAAGAUGAAUCCAAAAUCACUCUCCUUGAACACUCUCCUUCUCAAGACGGCAAUCCUGCAGUAACUAUCGAACAAUACGACGUGAAGAACCCCAUUGAGGAGCCUGAGCAAGCUGAAGAACAAGAUCAUCACAAACAGGAAACACAGGACUCUUCGAUUGCCGCUGAAGAAAAAAUUCAUGAGUCGGAGCAGGAAUCGAACGAAACUGACAGUCAUUCUCAUCAUGAUGAGUCGGAGCACGACGUCGAUCAUCUAGGAGAUAUUGCCUAUAAAGAACACGUCCAUCAGCUUCAUGACGAACUUGGACAUGUUCCCGAUAACUUGCCAGCUGAUGUUAUCCAAGAAGAAAUGCAAGAACACAAGUCUCCUGAGCACUACGCUCCUCACGAUGAGGAAAAUAUCGAAAUUUCUCAUUUGACAGAAGAAGAGAAUCAUCAUUCAGUGCAUGCCGAAGAUCAUCACGAAGAAAUUCACAACGUUCCUCACGAAGAUGAAAAAAGUCCUGCUGCUUCUCCUGUGAACGAUUCUUAUGACCAGAAUUCUGCCCAAUUUGACAACCAUCACGAAGAGGAGCACGACAGUUCUGAGAAGGCCGAUGUGCACACUUUUUCUUCUGAACCUGAAGGUCGCGCCCAAGAUGCCCAUGACUUCGAAAAAGAUGCAGAGAAUACGUAUGAACAAGAAGAACGGGAACAACACAUUUCUGAACCCGAGAAGUCUGAAGAAUUGCACAAUGUUGAAAAUAUUGAAGAAAAACAGUCGGAGCUAACGAACGAUUUUUCUCAUGAGCCUGUGCACGAAGAAGAUACUCACCCUCGUCCUGAAACACCUGAAUCGCAAGUGAAAAUCCACGUGACCCACGAAGAAAACUAUGAGCGCAGUGAUGAUUUGGAAUCUGAACCAGAGAAACAAGUUGAGCACGAAGAAAUCACUGUAGAGCCGGAAAAUGAGCGUCAGGUUUAUCAGGACCAUGAAGAAGCGCCCGUUUCAGAGGAGGAUCUUUCUCAAGACAAAAACCCCGAAGAGGCUGAUACAGUUGAGAAAGAACAUCACGUUCCUGAAAACAGUGAGACUUUCGAGGAAAAACCUUUGAAUGAGCCCAAACUUUACGCCGGCUAUGUUCAGCAGGAUCAAGAAAAUGAGCCUGCACACGAGUUUCUCAACGAAAAUGGAACUCAUUCUCCUACCGAACAUCUUGAGCAUGAGGAACGUUACCAAGAAAGCGACCACGGAUCUCAACAAGCUGAUAAUCUUCAUCUUUCAAACGAAAAACUACAAGAUUCUGUAGAAAAAGAUCAUGAAUUCAACCACGAGCAUGAGACUUUGGAUCGAAACUCUCCUACUGCCUUCGAGACUCGCUACGGAGCAGAAAAUAGCUCUCCAACUGAAGAAAAAAUUGACCACAUUCACUACGAAGAAGAAGAACAAUCUCAGAAGCACACUUCUCCUGUCCAAGAUCGCUUCGAAGGCAGCCCGAUGUCUUUCUCGACGAACCAAGAAGAAGACACCCAAUCCGACCGUUUUUCUCAUCAUCAUGACGAUCAGCAGAAUGAAAAUGGCUCCACUGAUUCUCUGAUAAUCCACGACGACGUCUCAGUCCAAGAGCAUGCGGAUUUAAUGACUAAAUCUAUUUAUGAAGAGCGCGACGAUAAAUCCGAAACCGCGUCGCAAAUACUGCACGAUCAAAUUGAAGCUCUCCAGUCUGAGAUUCCCGUCACAACGGAAGAAAGGGAGUGGGACAACGAUGGGAAGCACAUCCACGAGACGGUCACCUACGGCGAGAAGACUGAAGACGGCACUGUCACUCAAUUCAAACACACUGAGACCACCGUGAGUUUUUCGUUCAGUUCAAUUCAAUAAUGGAAGAUUGAAAAUUUGGUAGGGCGACGGAAAGUAGGUUGAAGUAACUUAAAACUUGGAUUUACAAAAAAAUUUCGCAGUUUAGAUUCUGGAAAAGCUGAUGAAGGCUGAGAUUUGAACCGUCCUCCAGAAAUCAACUCUAAAUUUUGACCGCUCUGGAAACCUUAAUCAAUUUUAAAAGACUUUAACCAGUGAUUCCACAAGAAACAGUUGUGAAUCUUAAUUAUUGGGAUGAAUUUUCCAGCGCCAGAUUUGAAAUCAAAUAAGCUUUGACGAUUUUUCACCCAUUGUAGUAGCAAAUCAGCGGCUCUCAGCAAUUUUUACUACCAAAGACCUAAAAAAAGCUUCAAUAAAUUGCUCUGCAGGUGACAUACGGAAACGGAAUAGAAGAUAAAACAAACAACAAUGACGAUGACGACGACAAAGACCUCAGUCUCAAGCACGACAAUGCACCGUGAGCUCCAAAAUUCAUUUAAAUCAUCAAAAAUUCUUUUUAGAGUCACCCCUAAUGGAAACGUCGCACACGAAGAUUACACUCCACAAGCCCAUCCAGUGGCUUCCAACAUUCCCAGCGGUGUGAUCGUCGACGACCACGACGAAGAAAACAUUUCCAAUCUGUAA